AUGGAAUCUAUAUUACGUGUGUGUUAUUUCUAUGUAAGAUCUAUAUUACGUGUGUGUUAUUUCUAUGUAAGAUCUAUAUUACGUGUAUGUUAUUUCUAUGUAAGAACUAUAUUACGUGUGUGUUAUUUCUAUGUAAGAUCUAUAUUACGUGUGUGUUAUUUCUAUGUAAGAUCUAUAUUACGUGUGUGUUAUUUCUAUGUAAGAACUAUAUUACGUGUGUGUUAUUUCUAUGUAAGAUCUAUAUUACGUGUGUGUUAUUUCUAUGUAAGAUCUAUAUUACGUGUGUGUUAUUUCUAUGUAAGAUCUAUAUUACGUGUGUGUUAUUUCUAUGUAAGAACUAUAUUACGUGUGUGUUAUUUCUAUGUAAGAUCUAUAUUACGUGUGUGUUGUUUCUAUGUAAGAUCUAUAUUACGUGUGUGUUGUUUCUAUGUAAGAUCUAUAUUACGUGUGUGUUAUUUCUAUGUAAGAUCUAUAUUACGUGUGUGUUAUUUCUAUGUAAGAUCUAUAUUACGUGUGUGUUAUUUCUAUGUAAGAACUAUAUUACGUGUGUGUUAUUUCUAUGUAAGAUCUAUAUUACGUGUGUGUUAUUUCUAUGUAAGAUCUAUAUUACGUGUGUGUUAUUUCUAUGUAAGAUCUAUAUUACGUGUGUGUUAUUUCUAUGUAAGAUCUAUAUUACGUGUGUGUUAUUUCUAUGUAAGAUCUAUAUUACGUGUGUGUUAUUUCUAUGUAAGAUCUAUAUUACGUGUGUGUUAUUUCUAUGUAAGAUCUAUAUUACGUGUGUGUUAUUUCUAUGUAAGAUCUAUAUUACGUGUGUGUUAUUUCUAUGUAAGAUCUAUAUAUAUCCAGUCAUACCCUCAUCCUAAAGGCUUUGAUUGCUACUUUUAUCUGUCUCAAACCUUGGAUAGUUAG